UUGGCUGCGUGUUGCCCCGCCUCUCCUCCCCGCAUUGAGGCAGGGUCUGCCCCGCUCCCCCAGCCUCCCACCCCCUGAAAGUUAGUUUGGUGGAGGGCAUAGCUUGCUGCCACCAUGCGGAAGGGAGGGGAGCCCGGCCCUUCGCGCUGGGACCCGCUCUGUCCGUGACCCCCUUAGCUCCCGCAGUCCCGCCACCCCCUCACCAGCGUGCAAGGUGGUGCGCAAUCCAGCGCGCGCCUCCCCGGGCCCCUGCGCUCCCCUGCGCUCCCGGGCAGCCGGUCCUCCCCAGCCGGAGAGCGCCUGGCCGGCCACCCUUUGAGCCCCUGCCCAGCCCCAGUCAGAGCGCGGCGCUGCGUUCUCUGGGCCUGGCAGCCUCUGGGUUUCUGCGGGGAGGGGAACGCAGAGGUGCCGUGCGCUCCGCCCGGGCUCCUGCCCAGCCUUGUCGGCCGGCUCCGCAGCUUGCUCCCGUGCCCUCCCGCAGGCGCAGGCAGCUCCGGGGGACCCUAUGUGUGCGCCCGCCGCCUCCCAGCACGCCCUCCUGCCGGCGCCCGCGGAGAAAGCUGAUUUCUCCAGUGAUUGAAAGAGACUGACUUCUCCACGUUGCCCACUUCCAAAAGUUUGUUCGGGGAGCACUUGGAGCUUUUCUGAAGAAAGCAAAGUGGGACCCUAUCCAGAAUGAUUCCAUUACUUUCUCCUGUUUUAUUAUUUUUAUUCAUGUUCUGCUUUUUUUUCUGUUGGGGAGAUUUUCUUUUCCUUCUUUUCCUUCUCUACUUUGGCCUGGAUCGCUUUUUUUGAAUAAGUUCGCUUCAUUUGAAAGUGACAAGCGGCAGGCAGCCCUUGGAGAGCCAUCUCUCUGCUUUGGAUUGAAGACCUCUUCAUCUAGGUCUGGACAAAGAAGGCUCUACCUGCCGCUCCACGCCUGCUGCUUCAGACACGGGCCGCACCUGCUCCAGUGCAACUUCCUCUGAGGAAGCCCAGGACUCCCAACUCAACGGCCAACUGAUAAUGUUCCCUAGGCGCCCGAGUGGAAGCACCGCGCAACCAUGAGUUUGCUCAUACCCAGACUCAGGGCACUCUCCAGUGUCCUACAAAACGGCAUCAUGGCUCUACAACUGAGCCGCAACCUGACCGACACCGGGCUGGACGAGUACAUGAACGGCACCGACAACGCGACCACACCCGAACCGACCUCGGCUCCUGGACCCAUCCGUAAGAACUGGCCCGCUCUCCUGAUCCUCAUCGUCAUCAUCAUCACCGUCGCCGGCAACAUCCUAGUGAUCCUGGCCGUGGCCCUUGAGAAGAAACUGCAGACCGCCACCAACUUCUUCCUGAUGUCUCUGGCCGUGGCGGACAUGUUAGUGGGGUUAUUAGUGAUGCCCGUGUCCGUUCUCACCAUCCUCUACGAAUACACCUGGCCUCUUCCAAAGCAGCUCUGCCCGAUGUGGAUCUCCCUUGAUGUGCUCUUCUCGACCGCGUCCAUCAUGCACCUCUGUGCCAUCUCUCUGGAUCGCUACAUCGCUAUCCGGAACCCGAUUGAGCACAGCCGCUUCAAUUCUCGCACCAAGGCCCUUCUGAAGAUCGCCAUCGUCUGGACCAUCUCGAUGGCCGUCUCCUUGCCCAUCCCGAUCAUUGGCCUGAGGGAUGAGAGCAAGGUCUUCGUGAACGGAAGCUGCACCCUGAACGAACCCAACUUCGUGCUCAUCGGCUCCUUUGUGGCGUUCUUCAUUCCGCUGUUCAUCAUGGUCAUCACCUACUGCCUGACCAUCCAGGUCUUGCAGGGCCAGAGCAGCGUGUUCGCCCCUGAGAGGCGGAGGAAGCGUUCCAAGUUCGGCUGCCUGCGGCGGGAGAGGAGCGCCCACAACAUCUCUAUGAUCCACAAUCCCAACACUGGGGGGCCGGUUCGCCUUCUCUCCCCCGGCCAUCGGGAGGGUUACCGUAAGGGAACCAUGCAGGCCAUUGCUAAUGAGCGUAGGGCCUCCAAGGUGCUUGGUAUUGUCUUCUUCCUCUUCCUGCUCAUGUGGUGCCCGUUCUUUAUCACUAAUAUCAUGGCGGUGAUGUGCACUCAGUCUUGUCGCAAGUCCACUAUGGAUGAGCUCCUGAGUGUGUUUGUGUGGGUCGGCUACGUGUGCUCAGGCAUCAACCCCCUGGUGUACACCCUUUUCAACAAGACCUACCGCCGGGCCUUCCUCAAAUACCUUAGCUUUGGGUGGUUGGGGACCACCAAGAGCCCUCCCAGGCAGCUCCCCGUCAGUGCUGCCAACCUGUACCCCAGGGAAUACACUGGGCGGGAAUACACUGGGAGGGACUUCACCCCCCGGGCCUAUGUCCCCAGGGAAUACAGCCCCAGCCACCAUGAGGAUGAUGUGCCCCAGAUUGUCCCCAUUGAGGACAGACCCGUUCCCGAGGUAGUCGAGGUAGUGAUCGAGAUGGAGCCUUGCUCUCCCCAGCCGGCGGAAGCAAUAGGCGAGGAUACCUGUACCGUGGUCAAUGAGAAGGUCAGUUCAGUUUAAGGAGGUCCGGCCCCGAGCUUCGGCUCACCGCAGAGGAAGUCCAGUCACGUGAACUAUCACGGGAGCUUGACUGGCAAGCGUUUCCUCUGCCCCUUUGGGACCCCAUGUAAAUAGAGCAUUCUGAGCAAAGGUGUCUGAGUAUGGCUUUGCAACCUUGUACUUUUGCCUCAUGCCCACGAGCAUGGUCUAAAGUCAUAUAUUUACUGCGCACCUGAGAUUUCCAAAAGACCAAUUGGCCAAACCCGUCCCGUUGGUGGGCUCCAAAAGGCAACUCCUCCUUAAGUAGCGGAGGAGGAAUGGGCCCAUCUCUCUUGGGGGCCGCUCAUCUCGAAACCCAAAAAGGUGCAUGCAGCCGUGGCCCCGGGCCACCCCCAGAUCUAUCCCACCAGAAGCAUGUUUUCUUCUAGCCUGACAGUAAAUAUACUCUUUAGAUCGCCGCUCUCUUCCUGCACGUGCAUCAUCACGACAAGAUGGGGUCGUGACCUCCGACGCCAGCGGGCGCCGUCUCCCCCAGGGCCAGGGCCGGGCCCUGUCGGCCGACGCCCGGACGUCGGAGCCGACUCAUUCGGUGCGUGAUGACGAUGUCCAUCCCCCUAAACAUAGUGCUGUGCCCCCCCCCAGCAGCUCGGUGGCCGGGUUUGUGAGCGGAAGGACAAUAAGAGAUACACACACCACUAGCUUUUCACCCCCCGGGGACCACCUUCCAAAUUCGGAUUUCGGCACCAAGCGAUUGGAAAUCAGCAUUCUCUCGGUGGUCCUCGGUCCAAAAUCCUAGUCCCCACAAUAGAGCUCGGUGACGCCAUCCCAGAGCUUAGCUGCCCAUUCUGCGAUUUGAGAUUCCCUGGGAGGUCGACCCCUUGAUUCCACAAUUCCCCAUCGCUUUAGAGAAUAAUCGAGCGAGCCAAAAAAAAAAAAAAAAAAUCAAAAGGCAGACUUAAACGAUACCUUCUAGCC